UGCAAAGACCUAAAUAUGUUUACAAAAUAUCAGACGACAAAUCAACCAAACGCUUUAAUCAAUUUCUAAAUCUCAUCAGAAUCCCGUUACAAUUUUUGUGUUUGUGUUUUGUUUAUUUAUAAAACAAGAUUUACCAAUUUGAUAUUUAGUACAAGGAAACAACAAUAUGUCCUCUGAUGUAACAUAUUCAACGAAAAGCUAUCGAAAUGAUUGGAUAUCGCAAUUUGGAUUAUAUCGGUAUGAAAGUGCAACAUCACCAAAAAGAGUUGAAUACGAGCGACGAAACCGACUAGUAUUGCGUAUUAUUUUUUCAUUGGGCACCACAUUAUUUCUCGCUCUCUUAAUAUUUUACAUUGGUGUUUACAUGAGUAGCUACAAUGAAACGGAUCGAAUGUUAUUUUCGGAUGAUAAACCAGAAACGGAUGCAAUUGAACCAAAUUAUUCGAAUCCAUUAACAACUGUGUUUUAUCCGGACGAUCAAAUAUCUUCGUAUCAACACACAAUCUCAAGUACGACACCAAUGACUGGUAAAAAUCAAGUGUCAAACAAUGAGAACGGACUUGUUUCAUUUGUUGAACAUGACGAUGCUGAAGAUAGAUCGAUAAAAAUAAUUCCAACAGCAAAUACAUGGCAUCCAUUCAAUCACAAACGACACUAUAGCAAUGUUUAUCGCAAUAAAAUUGGACCAAAUAGUGUUCAUGAUUUGUAUCGAAAAUCAAUAUUCGAUACAACAACACCACAAAAACGGAUAUUUUACUCCGAUGACAUUGCAACCGAUGAUAAUGAUGAAAAUUUUGAUUAUAUCGAUCCGGUACAAAAUGUGAACAGCAUUCAGGAUAUUUUAAAUCAUAAUGAACCGGAAGGUUUUAGUGAAGAAAUCACAUAUGUUGCACCAUCGUUACCAUUUUCACGGCGAAUGAAAGUGGAAGGUAUUUAUCGUCGUGAAAAAAAGAAAAAACAUGAUCAUAUGAGUACAAUGGAAAGUGGACAACAUAGUUCAACAGUCUAUGAUGAAAAUGUGCAUCAAAAGAAUGAUCCAUUUUCUAAAUUUAAACCAUCGAAACCAGGCGACGUCAAUUUAUUGGCAUCUAACAAUAAUAUGAAAUUUAAACAAUACACACACCAUAAACCACGUCCAUUAACAACACCAAUGACAUUGAAUAAUUAUUAUGAGGAUUAUUAUGGUAGUCGCGAUCCGAACAUAAUUUAUCAUCAAAUUAUUGCGGCAAAUAAUAAAAAUCGUGAUGCCACCAUUCGAAAUGGUCGCUUUGAAAAAGCGUCAACAACAAAAUCAAAUAAACCAUUCAGUUUAAUGUUAGACGUGUAUCCGAUGCCCGAGGAAACGACAUUUGAUUCAUCCAUACAGGCAACAAUCCCAACACGGAUAAUACCAUACAAUCAAUAUCGACGACCAUUUCAACCGGUCAAUUCACAUUCGAUAAAUCAUAAUUUACAGUAUGGGAAAGAAAACUCGUUCUAUAGUCAUUUAAAAUUUCCACAAAUACAACAAUAUUCACCGUAUCGAACACAACCAUUUAUCGCAAAUGAUGGUUUUUAUCGAAAUUACAUAACAAAUCGCAUGAAUACAAAUGUUUAUCGAACACUUUCAAAACCAUCACCGUCAAUGCCAAUAUCCGAUUUGACAACGGAAGACAGUCCAAGUCAAAUAACAGUUCAUUUAAAUCUAUAUCCAGAUCGAAAAAAAUAUCAUUCACGUAACGUCGAAAUAAUUCACACCGAUAAUAAUUCGACAUCAACGGCGGUUUCAUCAUCAGUGUCACCAUUGCUGUUGACACCAUCAUUGAAUUCAAUGAAACAUGAUCAUUCAACGUGGAAGCGUUUAGAACGCGAAAAUGCAACAAAACCAAUUAGUGAAAUUGAAAUUCGACCAUCACGGCAUACCUAUAUACCACCAUUUUCAGCAAUUAAAAUCAAUGCACUUCAACAUCCAUUCGAUGUAAACGAUGCAAAUUCAUCACAACAAUCAUCGGAACAUACGGACAAUUCAGAUAAAUCGGCCGAAUACAACGAUAUGGUAGCAUUUGAUUCAAAAAAACUUCAUUCAAAUAUUAAAACUGUAAACAUGAUAUUUGGUCCAACGCCAAAUCCAAUCGUUUCAACAUUACCGUAUUUUAAUGAGAUUUCACCGACCAUAUCAACCGAAUUGUCAUCGUUGACAUCGUCAACGUCAACGGUGCCAACUCAAUUCGAAUCAACAAUGUCAAGUUCAAUAUAUUCAUCGUCAACCAUCGCCGCCAAUCACUUUCCAUUUUUUAGCUCAAACAGUAUUCCAUUCGAAACAACGGCUGUGAUCGACACGCUUAACGCAAGUAAAACGGAUCAAUCGACCACCAUUUAUGAUAAUACGAUUCGGUUUCCAGAUCAUUGAAAAAGAGCAAAAGAGAUGAUGUAUUCAAACUAUUCACGUUUAGUGAAUACCUUUUUUUUAGUUAGUUUGUUAAAUAAUUAUAUAAUUCAAUGAUUUAUUACCUGUUUUUUUGCACAAUACUCAUAACAUACAAUGUCAACCCCAUGCAAUGAACAAAAACAGACAUGCUGUUUGAGCAUUUUUGUUUAAACAAAUAAAUAUUACAUUUAUUUUCCCAUCAA